AUGGGCUAUAUAUACAUCUACCCACGCUCAACUACUGUCGGCUCCCCGUACGCCUGUGCGGCUAUGUUUACCAUUGCUGUCGGAUUCCUUGCCGACAGUACAGGCCAACGUGGAGUCUGCAAUAUAAUUUUCUCCCUAAUUCGUGUCGUUGGGUUUGCCAUGCUUCUUGGUUCGCAGCGGUCACACGUCAAAUAUGCGGAAGGCGUCUACAAGCACGAAAUCGUUCUGGAAUCGUCAUCGGCUGGGGUAAUCUCAAUGGCAUUGUUAGUAGCAACAUAUACUUCCACGCUCCCAAAUUCACGGACGGGCAUGCGACAAUCCUGGCUUAUACGAUUGCCUGCCUGUUUGCAGGAAUACGAUUGCCUGCCUGUUUGCAGGAAGCAUCCUAAUGACUCUCCUUCUACACAGAGAGAAUACAGCUAUGCUAGCUGGAAAGUGAGACCACUUGGUAGCAAGCAAGAGGCAGAAAGGCUGAGCGAUAACAGGCCUGAUUUCCUGUACGCCAUUUAA